AUGGACAGGUGGUACCCAGGUGGUAGCUCCAAGGGAGAGGUGGACCCAUUCUAUUAUGACUAUGAGACUGUCCGCAACGGGGGCCUGAUCUUCGCUGCCCUAGCCUUCGUCGUGGGGCUCAUCAUCAUCCUCAGCAAGAGAUUCCGCUGUGGAGGCCAACAGAAGCGGCGGUGAGCAAGGCAGUGA